UUCGCCAAUUGUGAUGGAAAAGCGUUGGAAAAAGACUGAAAUGUUAAAAUCCAAAAAUGCUCAGAGAAACAAUUGUCAUUUGCACGAGGAACUGGAAAAUUCCCACACAUUUAUAAUUGAAACAUAUCGCUGGAAUAUUUGCCUUCUUUUUUUUUAUUCAGUGUGAUAAAUAUUUUGACACAAUAACCUUCUAGGAAAUGAGAAAGUUAGACUCAUUAAAUUUUCCAGUACGGUGGAUAUUGAAAGCACUAAUUACGAGCUGUAUCAACUUUUAAUUACCAAAAUCCAAUUAUGAAUGCAACAAAUAUCACAAGCACCUACCAAGCCGACUACGAAUGGCCGUACGUAAAAAAUAUUCUAGGACCUUCAGUGAACUUUGAAAUUACUCCACAGUUAUCCCAAAUUUCUGAAGGAGUCGCUUGUAAUAAGUCAUUACGUGAAAAGUUCGGGGAAGAUGAACGUGAAAUGCCACUGAAAUCUGAUUCAUAUGAAUGGAGUCGUUUGGGACCGAUGGGAUUUCUUCUAGAGCCCAAACUUUAUCCAGUAAAUACGAAUAUAGAUCUCUGUGCAGGAAAAUCAAUGAAAUGUAAUGAUGCCAAAAUCUGGAUGAAUACCGUAGGAGAAUCAGCAAAUCUCCAAGAACCGACGAUGCCUGGUUACGAUACUCUCAGGAUAAUACAUGAAGAUCGUUUGAAGAGUACAUAUCAAAUAGAUUAUGAUCAUUUGGUGGAAUAUCCAUAUAUAGAGUAUGACAAAAUUCAACUAGAAAGAAAACCUUCGGAGAUAAAAUGUAGAGUGCCAGUUAAAUUACCUUCUAUUGGAGGGCAUAGAAUACCAGGCAGGCCUGGUAUCACGACAUUCCCACCGCCUCCCGAUAAUUUACCCACUAAAAAGAAUCUAGGAACUAGAAAAAAGAUCACUCCAAGAGAAGCACCAGAGUCAAAAGUCAAUCAAGACUCAAAGGCAAGGGGGAAAAUAACUAAAAUGCCUGAAGGAUUGUCAAAACCGCAACGAAAAGGACAUCCAAAACCUAGUGGAAAAGUUAGUGGAAAAUCUCCCGGAAAAUUUGUGCAGACGACUACUGGAAAUGCACUCAAUACUCAAAUACCGCCUUGGACGACCGAAUAUUGGGACGUCAUAUGUUUUACCGCAGAUGAAAUUAUGAAGAAUCGAUUACUCUGUACAACUAAAAAGUGUAAAGAAGGAAAAUAACUAAAGGUGUAGGGAAACGUGAAGUGCCACUCCGUUUGGUUUAGUUUUCCGGAUAUUUUCCACUUUUUUCAAAUAAUUUCUAUCCACGUAUAAAAACUUUCUAUACA